UUAACGGUCUACUAUUAUCUUACAUCCGCUUAAACUUAGUUUCCUUAUCGUCUAAAAAUUUGUGUGUGUUGUCCAAAUCUAAAGUUAAUAAACUGUAAGGGGUCGAAAUUUCAUCCAGAACUGUGAACUAACUAUGAUAUAAAACAGCUUUGACUUCCUAUUCAACCUUGACAAUAAGUGACAAUGCAAAUUUGUCAGCUUUCCAAUGCACUCAUUUUAUUUUCAAUCGCAGUUGUAUCUGGUGCAAGUGUUAAGAAUAUAGUUGUAUUCGGCGAUUCUUAUUCAGAUGUUGGAAACGUUCAGAGAUGGUCCAAUGGACCCAACUGGAGUGAAUAUCUCGCUGCAGCAUGGAAUAGCUCUUUAUACAACUUCGCAUAUAGUGGAGCAGUAUGUGACUCUGGAAAAUAUAAAACAAUGUCAAAAGAGGAAAAUCGAAGUGCUAGUCUGCGUGAUCAGCUUGAAGCGUAUUACCGCCUCAACCUGAAGCUCGAUCCUGCAGAAACCGUAUACGCAUUUUGGAUUGGAGUGCAGGACGUGUUUGAGAUGGGAAAAAACAGUCAGGAACCAGAUUAUAAAGGAAUAGUUGAUUGUAUAGGACAACAAUUGAGAGCAGCUCGGAAAGUCUUUUUAUCUGAUAGAUAUUUGGUUUUGAAUGUUCCCCCCAUUGGGAAAAUGCCAUACUAUCAGAAUUCAGAAAUAGCCUCGAAUAAGAGUCAGGCUGCAAUUGAUAUCAAUCGAGGGCUGGAGAAAGAUGUCACAAAUUUAAACAAGCAUCAUCAUGCUUUAGAAAUGGAUUACGUUGAUAUCCAUACAUUGAUCAAUGAUAUUGUCAUUAAUCCUAGUAUUUUUGGCUUCAAAAACUCCAAUUCAUCGUAUUUGGACGAUUGUUAUUCUCGAAGCGAAUGCAGCAGUAAUGAAAAUGGUUAUAUUUGGUGGGAUCGGACACACUUUACUUCAGCAUUUCACAAGGUCAUAGCUAAGAGUAUCGUCGAAGCAGGGUCAUAUAUGCCGGAGGCCGUAUUCACCAGUGAUAUAGAAAAAGAGCUAGAAAGUCCAAAUUCCAAAUUCCAUUCCAAGAAAUACGUUGUAAAAUCAUAUGAAGGUAUUUUUGAUGACCAAGCGAAGAUGUUUGAUCUUCAGAGAAUGCAACCUAUAGAACCUCAACAAUUUCCAUUGGACGAUGAAACAAAAAGCCUCUAUUAUACAGCAAAUAACAACGCUAUUUCUCACAAAUCAUCUGAAGCAGCUAUACCUGCAUGGACCCUCGCCAUAGCGAUACUCAUCAUUUGCAUAGUUGCUUGGAUAAAAUUCAGAAAGACAGACGAUCAAUACCGUGGUAAAUUUGUACCAGUACGUAACGAGUGCGGUUAAAACUCGAAAAGUCGAGGAUAAAAUAACAAUAAAAUAUGAUUUUACUGAGCGCGUCAUUCAGUAUGUAAGCAGUCGUUUAUAAUUAUCAAAACUUCACUCCACAGACUCACCUUUCAUUUAACUGGAAUCAAUACACUUCUGAACACAUCAAUUGGCCUAUUUAGGCUUCUCAAAAGUAGCAUAGAUGAUUGUCUAUUGUCUUCUAGUGAAGAGAGUUCUAUUGUGAGGUGUAUGCUAUAAG